AUGUCCAAAUCGGAAGAUGAAAGUAGACUAACUGGCAUAUUGGUACUCAGUGUGACUAUUGCUUGUGCUGGCAACUCUUUUCUCUAUGGAUACCAGAUUGGUGUGGUCAAUCAACCAGCAGCUAUUAUCCAGGAAUUCUACAAUAGAACGUACUAUGAACGUCAAGGAGGAUCAUGGGAUGCUUUAAUGAGAUACCACAAUUAUCUUCAUGACAAUAAUGUCACAGAUGCAGAAGCUAUCAUCAAAUACAAUGGCAGCACCAGUCUCAACAUCUCUACUAAUCCAGUCCUCAUCGAAGGUAAUGUGACCAAACAACACAAUGCCUCAGUGUUUGGGGCACAGCCAGAGUUGCUGCUGGAAGAUUGGGUGAUCAAACUCUUGUGGUCAACAACAGUGGCUGCCUUCGUGCUCUUUGGCAUGAUUGGCGCUUUCAUAUCUGCCCAGGUUGCUGACUUUUUUGGCAGAAAGCUAGGCAUGAUUGUGAUCACAUUCCUGAUGUUCAUAGCUGCUGUUUUGGGAGGAAUUACACUGGUGGCCAAGUCCCCUGAAUGUCUUAUACUGUCCAGAGUAUUUGUGGGGCUGCAUUCAGGUUUGAAUAUUACUUUAUGCCCACUGUAUCUGGCUGAAAUAUCCCCGAAGAAGAUUCGAGGGGCUCUUGGGACUUGCCAUCAGCUCGCUGUUACUAUUGGUAUCUUAGUCUCACAGAUCUUUGGCCUUAAAGAGCUUUUGG